CAUUGGUUGCGCUGCGGGCGCUGCCAUGUUGGCGGAAACGGAGCCUCCUGUGCCGUGGAAACCGGCGGGGGCCGCGGCCGCCGCGUCGGUCUGCGCAGCCUCCCGCGUCUUCUCCUAGCUUGGGUCUCUGCGCCGAGAGGCGGCGGCCGGCGCGAUGGAGAAAAGUAGGAUGAACCUGCCCAAAGGGCCGGACACGCUCUGCUUCGACAAGGACGAAUUCAUGAAGGAAGAUUUCGAUGUCGAUCAUUUUGUGUCUGACUGCAGGAAGCGGGUGCAGUUGGAAGAACUGAGAGAUGACCUGGAACUCUAUUAUAAACUUCUUAAAACCGCCAUGGUCGAACUCAUCAACAAGGAUUAUGCAGAUUUUGUCAACCUUUCAACAAACUUGGUUGGCAUGGACAAAGCCCUCAACCAGCUUUCUGUGCCUUUGGGACAAUUACGAGAAGAGGUUCUGAGUCUUAGAUCAUCUGUCAGUGAAGGAAUUCGGGCAGUAGAUGAACGAAUGUCUAAACAAGAGGACAUUAGGAAAAAAAAGAUGUGUGUGUUGAGGCUUAUACAAGUUAUUCGAUCAGUUGAGAAAAUUGAAAAAAUCUUAAACUCUCAAAGUUCUAAAGAAGCAUCUGCACUAGAAGCCAGCAGCCCACUUUUGACUGGACAAAUUUUGGAGAGAAUUGCUACAGAAUUUAACCAGUUACAAUUUCAUGCUGUUCAGAGCAAAGGCAUGCCUCUUUUGGACAAAGUAAGACCACGUAUCGCGGGCAUCACAGGCAUGUUGCAGCGAUCGCUGGAAGGGCUCAUGCUCGAAGGCCUGCAGACUUCCAGCGUGGACAUAGUCCGACACUGCCUGCGGACGUACGCCACCAUCGACAAGACGCGGGAUGCGGAGGCUUUAGUUGGUCAAGUGCUGGUGAAACCAUACGUAGGCGAGGUGAUUGCAGAGCACUUUGGUGAGUCUCAUCCCAGUGGCCUUCGGAUCCUGUAUGAUAAACUCCUGGAGUUCGUCCCCCAUCACUGCCGCCUGCUGCGGGAAGUUACGGGAGGAGCCAUCUCAAGUGAAAAGGUCAAUACUGUUCCUGGAUAUGACUUUUUGGUGAAUUCUGUCUGGCCAGAGAUAGUACAAGGAUUAGAAGAGAAUCUGCCCUCUCUUUUCAAUCCCGGGAAUCCCGACGCGUUUCACGAGAAAUAUACCAUAAGUAUGGAUUUUGUAAGAAGAUUUGAACAGCAAUGUGGAUCACAGGCCAGUAUAAAAAGAUUAAGAGCACAUCCCGCUUAUCAUAGCUUCAAUAACAAGUGGAACUUGCCCGUUUAUUUUCAAAUAAGAUUUAGAGAAAUAGCGGGGUCCUUAGAAGCAGCACUUACAGAUGUACUGGAAGACGCCCCAGCUGGAAGUCCGUACUGCCUGUUGGCUUCUCACAGAACGUGGAGCAGCCUUAGCAGGUGUUGGUCAGAUGAGAUGUUUCUGCCGCUGCUGGUGCAUCGUCUGUGGAGACUCACCCUGCAGAUUUUGGCACGGUACUCCGUGUUUGUCAACGAGCUCUCACUCAGGCCCAUUUCUAGUGAAAGUGCCAAGGAGAUCAAAAAACCUUUGGUAACUGGCAGCAAAGACCCUUCCCUUAGCCAGGGCAACACGGAAGAGCAAGGAGGCAGCCCCUCAGAGACCAAGCCUGCAGUUGCCAUUUCCAGCACUCAGCUCGUGUACGCGGUCGCAGACCUGGACAGGCUUCAGGAGCAGCUUCCAGAACUCUUGGAAACAAUCAGGCCAAAACUUGAAAUGAUUGGCUUUAAGAAUUUUUCUUCUAUCUCAGCAGCCCUGGAGGACUCCCAGGGCGCUCUGUCAGCCUGCAAGCCCGCCCUGAGCAGCAAGAUCGUCCAGGACCUAAGUGACUCCUGCUUCAGCUACCUGAAAGGUGCCCUGGACGUUCCCAGGCUCUACCGGAGAACCAAUAAGGAGGUCCCAACUACGGCUUCCUCUUAUGUGGACAGUGCUCUGAAGCCAUUUCACCAGCUCCAGAGCAGACACAAGGACAAGCUCCAACAAGCAACGGUCCAGCAGUGGCUAGUGGGCGCGCUGUCGGAGAGCACGCACAGGUACUAUGAAACCGUGUCGGACGUGCUCAGCUCCGUGAAGAAAAUGGAAGAGAGCCUGAAACGGCUGAAACAAGCCAGAAAAACCGCUGCCACCAGCCCCGUCGGUCCCAGUGGCGGCAUGAGCGACGACGACAAAAUCCGGCUGCAGUUGGCCUUGGACGUUGAGUACCUGGGAGAGCAGAUACAAAAGAUGGGCUUGCGAACCAGGGACAUUAAAAGCUUCCCAGCUCUGGCAGAGCUGGUGGCGGCUGCCAAGGACCAGGCGACAGCAGAACAGUCCUAGGCAUCCUGGAGGCCCCCGGGGGGAGGAAGCUGGGCUCCGGGCCUGGAAGGAAGAAAGCGGCUCUGUCCUCCCGCGGCCUCUGCAGCCAAGAAGUGCUUCCAGCGUGGCCGGCAACGCCCUCUCAGCGUCUUUGGGUCUUCUCUCACCCAGAACAACACAAAAGCCUUUUCCAUUGUGUGGAAGAUAGUUUUUAAGACAUUUGAAACUUUCUACUAUAGUUUACAGAACAGAUUAUUUUAUUUUUAUUGUGAAUCUUAGCGUGGAAGAGCUGAUUUCUAAAAUGUGAUUAAAGUAAAUCUAUGUGUAUGAAUAUAAAAUCCGGUUGUCUCCCUGAGCCUGGCUGGGGGCGGCAGCUGCCGUGGAGGGGCCGUGUGGCCCGGAAACGCCCUUCUCUGUUAGGACCAGAACUGCGGCCGCCCCUGCACCUUCUGGAAGAGUCUGCAAUCCGGGUCCUCCGCUCUCGCUCGGUCUGUCGGGCUCCUCACCCGGACCGCGCUCGGGAGCCGGAACCCCUAGGAAGGAUUUACUUCCUGAAUAAAAGAAGUGUCUGCCAAGA